GCCCGGGACCGCGCGGCUCCCACGUGGUGUGCCGCGAGCCGGCGGGAUCGUCUGUGCCGCCUGAGGGAGCGACCAAGGCGGGCAGCUCUCCUGUCGGGCCGGGGCCGGGGGAAGGCCCGAGCGCCCCGCAGCCAUGCAGCGCCGGAAGGUGGACAACCGCAUUCGAGUGCUGAUCGAGAAUGGAGUGGCGGAGCGGCAGCGGGCCCUCUUCGUGGUGGUCGGCGACCGCGGCAAGGACCAGGUGGUUAUACUUCAUCACAUGUUGUCUAAAGCAACUGUAAAGGCCAGACCCUCCGUCCUGUGGUGUUACAAAAAGGAGCUGGGCUUUAGCAGCCACCGGAAGAAGAGGAUGAGACAACUACAGAAGAAGAUUAAAAGUGGAACUUUAAACAUAAAGGAUGAUGAUCCUUUUGAGUUAUUUAUAGCAGCCACAAACAUUCGCUACUGCUAUUACAAUGAAACUCAUAAGAUUCUCGGUAACACUUUUGGCAUGUGUGUACUUCAGGAUUUUGAAGCCUUGACUCCAAACCUGCUGGCUAGAACUGUUGAAACAGUAGAAGGGGGUGGAAUUGUGGUGAUUCUCCUGAGAACUAUGAACUCGCUGAAGCAGCUCUAUACAAUGACCAUGGAUGUACACUCUCGAUACAGAACAGAGGCACACCAGGAUGUGGUAGGACGGUUUAACGAGAGGUUCAUUCUGUCUCUGGCCUCAUGCAAGAAUUGCAUCGUGAUUGAUGAUCAGCUGAAUAUCUUGCCCAUCUCCAGUCACGUUGCAAACAUCACACCUGUUCCACCACAGUCGCAGGAAGACAGCCUCCGGCCACAGGACUUGGAGCUGAGAGAACUGAAGGAGAGCUUGCAGGAUACACAGCCUGUAGGAGUUUUGGUGGAUGGCUGUAAAACCCUGGAUCAGGCAAAAGCAGUUCUGAAAUUUAUUGAAGCCAUUUCUGAGAAGACUCUACGGAGCACUGUGGCAUUAACAGCAGCCAGGGGACGUGGUAAAUCUGCUGCUUUGGGACUAGCUAUUGCUGGAGCAGUAGCUUUUGGUUACUCCAAUAUCUUUGUCACGUCUCCAAGCCCUGAUAACCUUCACACUCUCUUUGAGUUCAUAUUUAAAGGCUUUGAUGCGCUGCAGUAUCAGGAACAUCUGGACUACGAGAUUGUUCAGUCUUUAAAUCCCGAGUUUAACAAGGCUGUUGUGAGAGUGAAUGUGUUCAAGGAGCACAGACAGACCAUCCAGUACAUACACCCUGCUGAUUCUGUGAAACUGGGUCAAGCCGAACUUGUUGUGAUUGAUGAAGCUGCCGCCAUUCCUCUACCCCUGGUGAAAAACCUGCUAGGCCCUUAUCUCGUUUUCAUGGCUUCUACAAUCAAUGGGUAUGAGGGUACUGGUCGAUCGCUAUCUCUGAAGCUCAUUCAGCAGCUCCGUCAACAGAGCGCACAAACCCAAGUCACCAUGACAGCAGAGAACAAAUCUACAGCAACAGCUAAACUCACCUCAGCUCGUACGUUGCAUGAAGUCUCCCUCCAUGAGUCAAUCAGAUAUGCCCCUGGUGACCCAGUUGAAAAGUGGCUAAAUGAUCUGCUGUGUUUGGACUGUCUCGGCAUCACCAGAAUUAUCUCUGGCUGCCCGCUGCCUGAGACUUGUGACCUAUACUACGUAAACAGAGACACACUUUUUUGUUACCACAGAGCAUCGGAAGUUUUUCUGCAGAGACUGAUGGCCCUCUAUGUGGCUUCACACUACAAGAACUCACCCAAUGACCUACAGAUGCUAUCUGAUGCACCUGCCCAUCAUCUUUUUUGUCUUUUGCCGCCUGUUCCACCCACCCAGAAUUCGUUACCAGAAGUACUUGCUGUUGUUCAGGUGUGCAUGGAGGGAGAGAUCUCUCGUCAGUCUAUCAUGAACAGCCUUUCUAGGGGAAAGAAAGCUUCUGGUGAUCUUAUUCCCUGGACCAUUUCAGAGCAGUUCCAAGAUCCAGACUUCGGGGGCCUCUCUGGUGGGCGUGUUGUUCGUAUUGCAGUUCAUCCGGAUUAUCAGGGGAUGGGCUAUGGCAGCAGAGCUCUGACUUUACUGCAGAUGUACUAUGAAGGCAAAUUCCCAUGUUUGGAAGAAAAAACGAUUGAAAAGCCAAAAGAAAUUGCAACUGUAAGCAGUGAGACUGUUAGUUUAUUAGAAGAGGUUGUGACACCUCGGAAAAACUUGCCUCCUUUACUUCUCAAACUGAGCGAGAGACAAGCUGAAAAUCUAGACUAUCUUGGGGUAUCUUAUGGCCUAACACCAAGAUUACUCAAGUUUUGGAAACGUGCUGGAUUUGUGCCAGUUUAUCUAAGGCAGACACCAAAUGACCUGACUGGUGAGCAUUCGUGCAUCAUGCUGAAGACACUGAAUGAAGAGGACACUGAACAGGAGCCUUGGCUUACUGCCUUCUGGAAGGAUUUUAGGAGGCGUUUCCUUUCUCUGCUUUCCUACCAGUUCAGCACAUUUUCUCCCUCGUUGGCACUGAAUAUUCUACAGAACAAAAAUAUCAAACAGCAGCCACAACCACCCAUCAGCCGUGCUGAAUUAGAAUCAGUUUUCAUCCCAUAUGACCUGAAGAGGUUAGAGAUGUACUCUCGCAACAUGGUGGACUAUCAUCUCAUCAUGGAUAUGGUACCUACCAUUGCCAGGAUGUUUUUUCUGAACCAGAUGGGUGAUAUCUCUCUCUCUGCUGCACAGUCGGCCCUUUUUCUGGGGAUUGGCUUACAGCACAAAUCUCUGGACCAGCUGGAAAAGGAGGUAGAACUGCCCAGCAGUCAGCUGAUGGGCCUUUUCAACAGAAUCAUCCGCAAAGUCGUUCAGUUGUUCAACACAGUCCAGGAAAAAGCUGUGGAGGAGCAGAUGGUGGCCACAAAGGAUAUUGUAAUGGAGCCCACACUGAAAUCUUUAAAUGAUGACUUGGAAGAAGCCGCAAAGGAAUUCCAGGAAAAACACAAGCAAGAAGUGGCAAAGCUGAAAGAAAUGGACCUAACACAAUAUAUUAUCCGGGGUGACGAUGAAGAAUGGAGUGAGGUGCUGAGCAAAGCAGGACAGAAUGCUUCCGUCGUCAGUUUGAAAAGUGAGAAGAAGAGAAAAUUAGAAACAGCAAGAGGACCGAAGCAGCAGAAGAAAUUUAAAAAGACUAAAGACAUAAAGCAGAAGUGGAAGAAAUGACUUUAAAGCCGAUCAGUGAACUGAAUUAACAAGUGACGGGUCUGUACUUAAGAAGUACUAUUCUCCUUUAAAUAUAAAGACUUUCUUUUGGGGGGUGAGAGCUGGAGGGAAGGAGAAGCCUUAGAGGCAUUUUUAACAUGUUUGUAUUACGGGAAGUACACUGACACUGCCAGGAAACAGUCUAUGAUGAUUUUUUGAUGAUGUGACUGCAGAGCUUGAGUGAGGCACUGUGCAACGCACUGGGGUAUUCUGAGGGUGCUUCAGCAGCUACAGAGUUUCCAUUCAAAGAGGGCAGAUUAGUCUGUAAACUUUCCCACAUCUUAAUGGUUGGUGUCUUUAUUAAAAAAGAGUUUGGACAACGAAGGGUGGAAACAUGUUAGGCUUUGGUAAGUGAUUCUACCAUUUCGCCUUGCAGCAUGUCUUGAUAUCUGCAGCUGCUGGUUCAGUAGUACUUCCACUCCUUUGUAGCUUGAGGGAGUUUUCGGCAAAUGCCAACUGACUUUGUAUUUGGGGCUGGCAGUUCUGAGCGCUACCCAUGUUGUCCAUUCAGACUCCUGAUGUGGUCCUUGCUCACAGGAGUUCAGGGUAUACAAUGAACAUUUCUACUUUGGAAGGCGGUCUAUGGUUCCUACUUAUUGUGCUCCUCCAGCCACUGUAAUAAAGGCUGCUCUUGUCCAUUCA